AUGUUACCUGAGUUACCUGAUGAAAUUAUUUUACACAUCCUUUCAUUUGCGGAUGCAAAAACCGCAGUUCAAACAUCAGUUAUGAACAAACGGUGUAGGUAUCUCUGGGCUUUCCUGCCCGUUAUUAACUUGGAUGACUCAUCAUUCCAAGAUGCUAUGUCAUUUGAGGUUUUUAUAGAUAAUUUUUUGUCUUGCAGAGAUACUUCCACCAAUGUUUUUAAUGUUAAUGUAGAUUGUCAUAAUGUCCUUUAUAAUGAUCUUGUGGUAGAUUCUAUCAUUGAUCAUGUUACUGAUACACCAUCCAUCACCACUACCAUUGAUGUACUUACAAUCCUUGCUUGUUGUGAUGUGAGCAACCUUCCUAAACUCUCUGUAUGUACAUCUCUCACUACUCUCAAACUUUCUUACAUAUCCAGUGAGAUCACAAAUUUCGAUCUUCCUUCUCUUAACCACCUAUACCUCUAUGGUUGUGAAUUUGUUUGUGAAUCGGAAAGCCCUUUUGAUCUAUUUAAGGGUUGCGUCAAUUUGGAAUCUCUGUAUUUGGUUUUAUCUAUGUUUUCUGCUGAAUUAGAGGAUAAAUUUUCUCCUUUCACUAGAAUGCAAACUUUUGAUUUAAUUUGUGGUACAUUUUCCUCUUCUGCCAUGCCUCAGGAA